CCCUGCGCCGGCUGUGCCGCCUCGCUGUGUCACGUCGCGCUGCGGGGGGGGUAGCUGCCGCCGGCCCGGGCCUGAGGAAGAACCGCGCGCGCACCCACCCCUGCCCCGGCCAUGGAGUAUCUGAUCGGCAUCCAGGGCCCCGACUACAUCCUGGUGGCUUCCGACACGGUGGCGGCCUCCAGCAUCAUCCAGAUGAAGCGCGUUUUAACCAACAUUGGUACAUGAGUAACACCUUGCAUUUCUGUGGCAUCUUCCUCCUGAAGAAUAUCAAAGCACUUAUUUUGUCCCAGAUUCUGCUCUUGGAUCUGCACAUGUGGACCCUGGUGUUGAGCUCCAUUGUCUCCAUGAGUGCUCCCUACCACGAUAAGAUGUUUAAAAUGAGUGAGAAGAUCUUGCUGUUGUGUGUGGGAGAAGCUGGAGACACUGUGCAGUUUGCAGAGUACAUCCAGAAAAAUGUUCAGCUCUAUAAAAUGAGAAAUGGGUAUGAGUUGUCUCCUACUGCAGCAGCAAACUUUACACGCAGAAACUUGGCUGACUACCUACGCAGUCGGACCCCUUACCAUGUCAAUCUUCUUUUGGCCGGCUAUGAUGAACAUGAAGGCCCUGCCCUUUAUUAUAUGGAUUACCUUGCAGCCCUGGCUAAAGCUCCCUUCGCAGCACAUGGAUAUGGUGCAUUCCUAACCCUGAGCAUUCUUGACCGUUAUUACAAGCCAAGUAUCACACGCGAGGAGGCAAUGGAGCUCCUUAAGAAAUGUCUAGAGGAGCUUCAGAAACGCUUCAUCCUGAACCUGCCUUCUUUCAGCAUCCGGUUCAUUGACAAAGACGGCAUCCACGAAGUGGACAACGUACCCUUUCCGAAAGUGUCAUCCUAACCCCUGGGAUCUUUCCUGAGCAGUCUUUCAGUUCAUUUUUGUUUUUUUCUACUCUGUUCGCAAUUAAUGUACUGCACUUGGAGACGUCAAAUAAAGAUUGACAUUGGCUAUA